CCCCAUAAAUCCUCACCUAUCCGACUCCAAAGACUUGUCUUGACCACCCGUUCAACCAAGCCAUCCAUACUCGACCUCACGUUGCCCGCACACCGGCAUCAGACAUCGAUACCGAAAUACUCUCUACUCUCCCGUGAAGAUCCCUACACUUCAUCAUGCUUCGACGCACUAUUACCUCGGUCAUCAGCAAGACCAAGCCUACCGCAACCGCCAUCCAGACUUUUAGUACAGUCGAAGACCCUCGCAACAAGGCGCGCACCCAGCAGAUCGUGGAGCAGGCGCAGAAUCCAUCAGAAUCCCCCGCAUACAAAACGAUCAAGGAGAAGACAGGCCAGGAUCAAGACGCAGUCAAACGCUCCCAAAUGGUCGGGCUCGCCCAGCAGUCUCACGCCAAUGGUACCGUUGUCAAGGAGCAACAACCUUCACCCCACACCGAACCCUGGAGUCCUCACGAUGGUCUUCUCGACAGGAGCGCGACGAUGAUUACGAUUCCCUCUGUCUGGCCUCAUAUGUGGUAA